AUGCUGCUCCUGUCUCAGUACAAUCUGCUCAUGGAUGCGUAUCACAUCAUGGGUCUGGGCUACAAGUUCCUCCUCACCCUAUCGGUCACUCAGGUGGCUUGUGAGAGGACCUUCUCCACCCUGAAAUUCGUGAAGAACCGCCAAUUAACCUCCCUCACUCAAGAGAACCUUGAAGCAUUCCUUUUGAAUGCAACAGAGAAGGAGAUUCUUUUGGAACUUGACAAAGAUGACAUCAUUGACAAGAUGGCGGAGAGCAUAUCAAUCUUAAUCACACACAAGUUGUUUUAUAGUGCAGAAAUAAAGGGAUUGCAUUCCAACCUAGAUGUGUUUUGUGUUGAUGUCUCCACAGUGAGGCAUGUGUCUGUGCAGACAGGAGGCUCGAUCACCUUCCCAUGUCACUAUGUUCUGAAUCACAUCAACCAUGUGAAAUACUGGUGUAAAGGAUUAGGUUGGGAAGUAUGUUCUUAUGUAGUACGUACUGACCAUCCUAAGAGCAGUGGUAAGACCUCAAUCUCUGAUGACAUCAACAAGAGAAUCUUCACUGUGACCAUGACUGACCUGACGUCAUGGGACUCUAAUACUUACAGAUGUGUUGUGGAGAUCAAUAGAGGACCAGAUAUCAUGAUACAAUGGUUCUACCUGUCUGUCACUCCAGGUACUCCAGAACUCUAUGUGGAACAACAGGAAGUGACUGGAGUAGAAGGAGGGAGUGUCACUGUCUGUUGUUACUAUAGUAACUCUGGAGAUAUGAAGUGGUGCAGGAUGGGUGGUGAUUGUGUGAAUGGGUAUUCUGGGACUUUACAUGGAACAUCAGUGACAUUAACGCGGACUAGUGAUGCCAACAACAGAAAAGUCUUAACAGUGACUAUGAGUGGACUGAAGAUGGAGAACACUGACUGGUAUUGGUGUAGUGUUGGAGAACUAGAGAUGCCUGUUCACAUCACUGUCAGUCAACAAACUGCAACACAGAGAACCUCUAAGAUGACCUCAACAACCCAAGAUCCAACCCCUCAACAACCCUCUGCCUCUCCAACUGCUGAGCCUGUUCAGACUGACAACACAAGUCAAGGAGCUGAGGGGAACAUGGAGGAAGUCCACCAGAGGUCCAUAGAUGUGAAAGUCCUACUCAUCUCUCUGGGCAUGUUGGUGGUGGUGACAGCUGGUAUCCUAGUAACAUGGAAGAUGUGGAGAAGGCAUAAGGACAAUAAGGCCAAGGACCAGAUUACUAACAACUCAGUGGUAGGAUACACUUCUUUAAUUGUAUUAUUUUCAACCAUCUGCAAAUCUGUUCUUGAUUUGGGAUCAUCUACCGUUUGACUCCAGCGUUACCUGUUCAGUUGACUAUCAAUGAGUUGACAUAAAAGGUCCCAUAUUCUAACUGA